AUGACGGUCUCCCAAAAUAAGCAGAUACCUGUAACGUGUUUCACCGGUUUUUUAGGUGAGUCACCUAGCUUCUCAUCAGCUCAGAUGCCCCCAUCUGCAGAGCUAAUCACAAGACUUGUUCCCGGCAAAACCUCCACGAUUCUCUCUUUGAUACAACAACUACCCAAGGAUUAUAAGGUUGUCUUACUGAAAAACGAGUAUGGAGAUGUUGAAGUCGACUCACUUCUCGCUUCUCAAUCGAAUAUUUCAGGUGUAUCUGAGAUCCUAAACGGGUGUCUUUGCUGUACGAUGGUCGGACUGGUCGAAAAUGCCCUGAAAGAGAUAAGGGAUACUAUGCAGCCUGACAGGAUAAUCAUCGAGUCUAGUGGUUCAGCUUUCCCCGCUACUCUGGCUUUGCAGAUACGGCAAUUGGAACCCGAAGGAAUUAAGCUUGAUGGAGUAGUGACGGUAGUAGAUUGUCUUAAUUUCAAAGGAUAUGAGGAUUCUUCACCUUCCGCUAAACUCCAAGCUAAAUAUACUGAUCUCCUUCUUCUUUCCAAACAUCAUUUGGCGAAUGAAAGGCAGAUGGAUGAUCUGAUAGAUUCGUUAAAUGAUUUAAAUGAUGAAACGCCAAAAAUCAAAGUCGGACCAGCACCUCAAAACCCGCCUAAACCAGAAGUGAUCUUCGGUCUGGAUACAAAGCUAUUUGAACUUGUUGCAGGUGAAAAAGCAAGUUGGGAAACCGUGGGCGGGAAAAAUGAAUGGCACGGUGACGAAAUUGAGACCAAGCAAGUGUGGAAGGGAAGGAAAGGGAAAGGGAAAGCCCCUGCUCAUUCGCAUACUCAUCAAGAUGGACAUGAAUGUGAUGGGCGCGGUCGAGAUCAUGAAGAGAAUGGAGAAGAGAAUUAUGAGAUAGAACCAGUGGAUAGUAAUCUUCUAGAUAAGGAAUUGGGGAAAUUAUCGUUCGAGAUCUACAGAGUGAAAGGCAUAGUCCGACUACCAUCAUCAUCAGAACUCAAUGAUUGGUCGACGUAUAUAUUGAAUUAUGCUUUCGGUCGAUACGAACUAACGCACAUACCGACAAUGGACGAGGAUGAAAACCUGAAAGGAAUUAGCAUGAGAUUGACUGUAAUGGGUGAAAGAGGUGAAGUGGCUAGACGAUCACGCAAAUUCGCAGCAGGUCUCGGAGCUCAGGUGGAGUGA